AUGUCUCGGAGGCCAGUGAAUGUGAAUUUGAACCCGUCUCGGCGAUUUGGGGACAAUGGAGGCUCUUUACUCUCAGGCUCUGCCUAUUCUAAGUCGAGGUCUUCUCCGAUCUUAUCAGUCGCACUUAUCGCCGUGGGAGCAUUGCUUCUUCUUGCCUAUUCAUACAACGGCGGCAGAGGUGGAGGUGGUAGCAUUGUUAAAGGGGUUGUUAGCAGGGUUGAAGGUGAUUACUCAUGCACAGCGGAGGUCCAACGAGCAAUUCCUGUUUUGAAGAAAGCAUAUGGUGACAGCAUGCAUAAGGUUUUGCACGUUGGCCCUGAUACUUGUGCAGUGGUUUCUACAUUGCUGAGUGAGGAAGAAACUGAAGCAUGGGGUGUGGAACCUUAUGAUGUAGAGGAUGCUGGUAGAAGCUGUAAAGCUCUUGUGCGCAAAGACAUAGUUCGUGUUGUUGAUAUCAAGCAUCCGCUUCCAUACAGGCCAAAGUCGUUUUCUAUUGUACUUGUUUCAGAUGCGUUGGAUUAUUUGUCGGAUAAAUACCUCAACAAGACCCUCCCGGAUCUGGCAAGGGUAUCAGUUGAUGGUCUUGUGGUCUUUACUGGCUAUCCUCGUAAGCAUAGAGCUAAAGCUGCUGAGGUCUCCAAAUUUGGGAAGGCGGCUAAAUUGAGGAGCACAUCCUGGUGGUCUAAGUAUUUUGGUCAGAUUAGUUUGGAAGAGAACGAAGAUGCCGCCAUGAAGUUUAAACUGGCCGCAACAAAGAUGUCAUAUGUCUCAAACUGCCAAGUUUUUCACCUCAAGUCAUUCAAUUGA